CUCUGCGCCAUCACGCAUGCAUCUGCAGUCGGUGGUUUGCGUGGCCAACAUACUCCAGCAAUCAUGGCCAUGCCAUCCGAUCUCCUCGUAUCAACACUGGCCGACUCCCCGCACGCCUUCAUCCAGCCUUCACUCCCCCUCUACACCGACACCCUCGCGUAUUUGAAGCACGCCCUUGAUCCCCUAGCAGCAGACGUCAGCUCCACUCAACAACAACGAUUGCAGGAAGCUAGGAAGAAGAGAAAGCGAGGGGACAAAGUAGAUCAAGAUGACGUGCUGCGAUUCAAGCAAAUCCACACUCAGGGUUUCACUGUCGAGCAGAUUUGGGAGCAGGCGAGGAGGGUGAUUGAUGCUGCUGCCGAAGAGGCGGAGCGCGGAGUGGAAGAAGCCGAGACGCGAGUCGGUGUUGUGGUUGACUUGCCGAAUGGUGAUGUGGAUUCCGACGAUGUGAGCGACAGUGAUAGCGACAGCGACAGUGAAAGCGACCUUGGAGAGGAAGGCGUCGACUAUGAAGUCGAAGGCGAAGACGACGGUGAUGAGGAGUCGGAUGAAACAUCUGUCACUUCUGAAGACGUGGACUUUGACGGAAAAGACGACUUCGACGAGGACAUGAUCCUGAACGAGGAGGCCCCACUUGGCAACGACGAGCCUGCAGAUGAAUUCGUGGCGGACAAGUUCGGACUCAAUGAUGGCUUCUUCUCCAUUGAUGACUUCAACCGACAAUCGGACUUCCUCGAGCAGCAAGAUACCCGUGGGGAGAAUGACGGCGCCGCGAGCGACGAAGAAGACGUGGACUGGGACACAAAUCCCUUGGGCCAACUUGGAGGCGACGUAUCAACGAACGGCGCCGCGGGAGCUUCCGACGACGAGGACGAUGAAGACGACGGUCCUACAUUUGGCGACCCCGAUGCUCCUAGUGAAGAUGAGGACGAAGAGCUCAACGGUGACGAAAUGGACAUCAUGGGCGGCAUGUCCAACACAAACAACGUCAUGUAUGCCGACUUCUUCGCUCCUCCCGCGCAAAAGAAGAAGAAAAACAAGAAAGGUCGGCCGAACCCGCAUAACUUUCCAGACGCUCCCGAAAAGAAUGCUGCCAAGGACGAUGAGCCCGGGGAAGACGACAUGGAGCGCACAAUGGCCGCAGUACAUCGAGAUCUGUUCGAAGACGAAGAGUCUGAAGACGAUGCUUCCGACGAGGAGGGCAAGCAGCUCGACCCCGCGGAUCCACGAUCUAGGAAAUCCGCCCACGAACGCCGCAAAGCCGCCUUGGCAGAAGAGAUCCGCAAGCUCGAAGCAGCCAACGUCGCCAAACGACAGUGGACACUCUCCGGCGAAGCGCGAGCAGCAGACAGGCCGUUGAACUCUCUUCUAGAAGAAGACCUAGAAUUCGAGCGAGCGGGCAAGCCAGUCCCCGUCAUCACGGCCGAGGUGAGCGAAAGCAUCGAAGACCUCAUCAAACGACGCAUCCUCGCGCACGACUUUCAAGACAUCGUCCGCCGCCGACCCGAUGAUCUCGCCACCGGCAAAGACGGCCGCAGAGGCAGACUCGACUACGUCCUCGACGACAGCAAAAGCAAGAAGGGACUAGCAGAAGAGUACGAAGAGGAGCACCUCCGCCGUACGGACGCCAACUUCGUCGACGUAAAAGACGAGAAAGUCAAAAAAGAGGAAAAAGAAAUCGAGGCACUAUGGAAGCAAGUCUGCAGCGAUUUGGACGGUCUCAGCUCGUGGCAUUUCCGGCCUAAAGCCCCGGCUCCACAGCUUGAUAUCCGGGUUGAUGCGCCAGCGAUUGCGAUGGAGGAUGCGCGGCCUAGUGCUGGCGGCGAGGUGGCGGGGGCGAGUCAGCUUGCGCCGCAGGAGAUGUACCGUGCGGGCGAGGGGACGAAGGGAGUGCGGGAGGAGGUGGUGGGGAAGAGUGGGCUGCCUGCUGGACGGGAGGAGUUGAGCAGAGAGGAGAAGAAGAGGCGACGACGGAGGGAGAAGGAGAGGAAGAAGAAGGAGGGUGGAGGGGCGGAGAAGGCGCCCAAGGGACGCGAUGCGGUUGUUGGAGACUUGAAGAAGGGAGGUGUCAAGGUGAUUGGGAAGAAGGGAGAUGUCACUGAUGUCGAAGGCCGAGGAGUCAGGACCGAAGGCGGACAGCAGGGCGCGGGGAGGUAUAAGCUCUAGAAAUGCUAAGUCAAGUAGCUUGCGGAUUGGAUUCACC